AUGUCCCGUGGUGGAUUGCUCAAACAAUUACAUCAAAACGAUAAGAUUGCUCUACUCGAUGAGGCAGAUGCCUGUUUAAAACGGAAUGGGUUAAUUCCCGAUGGUCCGAUUAGCGAACACAAUAAUAUCUAUGAGAUCGUUCUCACAUUAUAUUCUGGACGAGCCACCGUAACAAAAAGUUUGACAAACUCAACAUCAAAUCUUCAUUUAAAAAAGCUCACCAUUUUGGCUAAUACAACUGAAGAACCAAUAUUACGAUUAUUAAAAAAAAAAUUAUCGGGUGAUGCACCAAAUCCAUUUGCUGAACGAUCACUUUUUCUCUUUAUUACUACUCCACUUACUCUUGAAAAACCAUUUCCACCUUCUUGGAACGUCAAUCAUGAACCGACAAUCAAUCAAAUUGCUUUUACAGCUAGUCAACUUAAUAAUCUCGACUUUUAUUAUGAAACAACUGCACGUCUCAUGACUAUUGCAUAUGGCAAUUUAAUGUGUAAAUUAAUGAUUAAAAAUGAAAAGGUUGAUAAAUGGCUCACUGCUCGACUUGGUAAAGCACGUGAGCAUUUGCAUCGACUAGCAGUAGAUCUUCAAUUAAUUCAAUUAACAUUUGAUCUUAUUGACAAAUACAAAAAUGAUUUUGGUGAUCUAAAUUAUGGAUUAAAUAAUCUGAUUUUUCAACAACGAAUGAAAUCUGUAAUUAAUGAAUUUCUUGGUCGAACUGAAGAUCAAACCAGAAUUAAACUUGAAAUUCGAUUAUCUAUUGCAAACUCUGCUGUCAAAUUGUUAAAUCUACUUCUUCAUCAGUAUUUAUGUAUUUUUGGAGAUGAAAAUAUUUGUUUAAGUAUAGAUGAUUCUCAAACGAUUGAAAGCGAUCAGGAUAAAUUGGACAAAACAACAGCUUUAAUUGUAAAUACAACAACACCAAUAACAACAAAUAAUGAUAGUCAAUCAACAUCAAUCGAAUACUGGACUAAAGAAUUAGCACGAUCAAUAUUACUGUGUGAUGAAAUAGCUUUCACGAAAACAAAACUCAGUCAUUGUGUUCCUUUAUGGAAGAGAAAAACAAAUUAUCAUGAAGCAGCUCUUGAAUUAUUAAUAAACAAAGAACUCAUUAAAUGUUUUGAGAAAGCAGCAAAACAAACUGCAACUCUUCGAACUUUCAAUGUAUGGGUUAAAUCUGUACCGAAAUCUUCUGAUUUAACAGAUUUAAAUGAAUUCCAAGAAUCUCUUGCAAAAUUUAAUAUCAAUUGGAGUGUAUUUCAACGAACAUUGUUGAAAUUUCAGCCGCCUACAGGUGUUAUUAUUAGUGAUGGAUUAGCUAAUUUAUUAAAGUCUCAACAAUAUCAAUCAUAUAUACAAUUUGAUGUUGAUAGUCUUACAAAAGCUUCAAGUAAUGUUAAUCCUAGUCAAAUGAAUGAAGAAAAAAAUAAUAAUCCACGGGAUAACAAUGCAUCCAAUACUCCGACAGUCAACGAUUCAACAACAUCUGUUGCUGCUUCUACAUCUAUUUCUCAACAAUCAUCACAAUCGAAUUCUAUUACUCCUAUCCCCGUUAUUGCUUGUAUGCCUUCAGAUACAAACAUUUCAACUGGGAUUCCAGUUCAACAAGCUGCAGAUUUAAAUCAAGCUUCAUCGUCAGGUGCAGCACAAUUUUGUUUACCACGACCAGUGGAUUUGGCUGCAACACGGCUCAAACAAACUGCAGUGAACAGAUCCCGUGCUCUUGGCAAGAAACAAAUUUAG